CAUCUAGCCAAUUUUCAAGCAAGGUUCUAUCCAAUUUUCAUAUCUACACCCUACUUCCGAGAGGCAUCAGCUCAGUCUCUCCCUCUGUGUCUAUCUCUUUUUUUCUUUUUUUUUUCUUUUUCAUUUGUAUUUAUUUUGUUUAUUUAUUUAUUUUUUUUGCUUUAUUUUUAUUCAUUUAUUUUCCUUUGUAUAUAUAUAUAUAAAUAUAUAUAUAUAUUUUUUUUUACUAUUUUAUUUUUUCAGUUUUGUAUUUUUUUUCCCCUGGUGGUUUGUGGAUUUGAAACACAAAGAACAUAAAAAACAAAAGAAACGUAAAAUACGUGUAAAAAAAAAAAAAAAAAUCCCGAAAAAUAUCAAUUGAAGAGAAAAAGUCGAAGCCCAGCGAGACUCAAAAUUAUCCCUUGAGAAUGGUGAUGAUAAUUAGCACCAUGGAACCUCAGGUGUCGAAUGGCCCAACUUCCAAUACAAGCAAUGGACCAUCCAGCAACAGUAGGAAUUGUCCUUCCCCCAUGCAGACGGGGGCAGCCACAGACGACAGCAAAACUAACCUCAUAGUCAACUACUUGCCACAGAACAUGACACAGGAAGAGUUCAGGAGUCUGUUUGGAAGCAUCGGAGAGAUAGAAUCCUGCAAAUUGGUGCGAGACAAAAUCACAGGCACACAAUUCGAGGAACACUUCAAGGAUUUAGCCACUGGCACAAAAUGGAAACCCCUUACUGAAGAGGGCUCUAUCUUUGGGAAAGGACAGAGUCUCGGGUAUGGAUUUGUUAACUACAUUGAUCCAAAGGAUGCAGAAAAAGCCAUUAACACUUUAAAUGGACUUAGACUACAAACGAAAACCAUUAAGGUUUCCUAUGCUCGCCCCAGCUCUGCAUCAAUACGUGAUGCUAACUUGUAUGUGAGCGGCCUUCCAAAAACCAUGACACAAAAGGAGCUGGAACAAUUAUUUUCACAGUAUGGACGUAUCAUCACCUCAAGAAUUUUAGUGGAUCAAGUCACAGGUGUGUCCCGGGGAGUUGGGUUUAUCCGUUUUGACAAAAGAAUAGAGGCCGAGGAAGCCAUAAAAGGCCUAAACGGACAGAAACCGAGUGGAGCCACCGAACCAAUUACUGUGAAAUUCGCCAAUAACCCAAGUCAAAAAACAAGCCAAGCCCUACUCUCUCAACUAUACCAGUCUCCCAACCGGCGUUACCCAGGGCCUCUACACCAUCAGGCACAGAGGUUCAGGCUGGACAAUUUGCUUAAUAUGGCCUAUGGCGUUAAGAGUUACGCUGAGCACCUCUCCAACAACACUUCCUUUAAAUAUGACGUUGGGAGCAAGAGCAUCACAAAGGAAGCCAAGAGGUUUUCUCCAAUCACCAUUGAUGGUAUGACAAGCCUGGUGGGAAUGAACAUUCCUGGGCACACGGGUACCGGAUGGUGCAUCUUUGUGUACAACCUCUCUCCCGACUCAGACGAGAGCGUUCUGUGGCAGCUUUUUGGCCCAUUUGGUGCAGUCAACAAUGUGAAGGUUAUCCGCGAUUUCAACACCAACAAAUGCAAGGGAUUUGGCUUUGUCACAAUGACCAAUUACGACGAAGCAGCUAUGGCUAUCGCCAGCCUUAAUGGAUAUCGCUUGGGAGACAGAGUUUUGCAAGUUUCCUUUAAAACCAACAAAACCCACAAGUCUUGAAUUUCUAAUCUAUCCACGUCAACCAAUCUAUUCACGAACAAAAUGAAGACGAACAAAAUAAACUCUCAAUGGCUUAUAACCAACCAUGGACUUUAUAAGCCGAUGUUGCCUAAGUAUUACCAUUGGAUAUCCUGUGAUAAACCAGAAAGGAUUUUAUAAUGCUUAGAAAAAAAAAAAUAACAAAAAACUUUGAUGCAUUGAAUGUUCUUUCAUAGCUGUCGUUGUUGAAUAUAAUAUACAUAGAUUACAAUGAGCAGGGCUUUUUUAACCCAGCCGGCUAGUUUUACGCCUUCCUUGAAGGUGGCUGUUUUUAAGAUGACCAUGAGUUCAUUUGAAGAAUUAAAAAAAAAAAAAAAGAUUUAAAAAAAAACUUGAAAAAAAAACAAUUUUUACAAAUAUAACACAAUAAAGAAAAGAAAAAAAUGUUUUUUUUCUUUUCUUUUUUCAGCUUUCUUUUCUGUUCACAAAAUGAAUCCUUUCAGAUUGGUGACUCACUUCCCCGCUCCUUUCCAGUAACCCUUUAAGUGCAGGAAUGUAGCAAAGGUUCCAUAACUCAAAGGGUUACAUGAAAAAAAGAAACAAUAUAUUUUCGCAAAAAAGAAAAAGAAAAAAAAGGGAACAGAAACAAAUUACUUUUGCAAUGAAUUAUAUUGUUUCUUGGGUUUGUUACUGAAAGGAGAAAUCAGAGGGGAUCACAGGGGGUCCGAAAACCUGAUGACGCAAAACAAUUUAAAUAAACGAACAAUUGUUGCCAAAGAGUUGGUCUCUUUGCUGAAAAUGGGUUUCCAGAAAAAAAAAAAUCUAUUUUUAUAAAAAUAUAAAGAAUUUUUACAAGAGAAUCUGGAUUUGAGAAAAAAAAAAUAAAAUAAUAUUUUGACUGGCUAAUUUAGGGGAAAUUGACAACUUUGUCAUUCAUACUGCACUGGUAUCUUUUUAGAGAACAAGAUAUGUUUUAAAUUGGAUUAGUAGAAUGUUUUUUGAGAGAUGGGUUAAAAACGGUUGAUCUUCGUAUCUUUUUCAUAGCAUGUUGCAAACAAUCUUAUUGGACAAGGGAAAGUGUUCUUCACGAGUCCCCAAAAACCACAGUCAAAACCCAAAAAAGCAAGAGGUGCAUUGCUAGACAAUUUCUUUUCUUUAAGUCAUCAGUACGGGAUAUCAGCAGAACAAAAGAAAACUCAAUUUUUCUUUCUGGGGAGGGGGCAAAAAAAAAAAAACUUCCUUAGUUUGAGCAGUAGGUGCUACAAAAAUCAUUGACAUAACUUAGUAUCAUAGUUAAAUGUAAUGUGUUUAGAAGCAAGAAUAAUUUCCUUUCAAUUUGUUAAGGGUUUUCAAGUUCACUUUAAAGCCCAAUCCAAUAUAUCUGGGCUGCGUUGGCACAUUUUAAAACACUGUUUUAUGUUGCUUGCAACACCUUAUUUGAUUUAAUUGCUAAUGUAAUGCAUUCAGCCAAUAUCAAAUAUAGCAGGUUUGGCUAGUCUAUUUAUUUGUUUACUUAAACUAUGGGAAGAUGCAUAUUAUUGUGUCAUUUCUUGUGUGUGUACGUGUAUAUAUAAUAUAAAUAUAUAUAUAUAAAGUUAUUUUUUUUCUUUCUGUUAAUUUAUUAUUAAGUUGUACUCUUUUGCUAGUUCUGUUUGUAUAUGUCUUAAAAUGUUUUCUUAUUAUACUUGAUUGACAAGCGUAUCAAGGUAACUUGUGUAGAAAUAUUGUUUGAUAUGUUGUCAUGUUUGUCGUGAAUAUUUUUUCCUUAAUGCACAGUAGAAACAACAACAAAAAAUUAAUAAUAAUAAUAAUAAUAAUACUGGGUCUUUAUUUAAAUCCUUUGAGUACCAGAGGGGACGAUUAAUGUUGACAACGCAUUUGUCGACCCUUCCGACACCCAACAAAAAUGGGUUAAUGUUGUUCUGAUGGAUACGAAAACAGAGCUAUGGGAACAUAAAGAUGGAAUGGGCAGCUCUCCCACAUCCAGUGCACUGAUAAUUUUAGUAUGUUCGUGCUCUGUACCGUUCUAUAUUUUAAAAAAAGAAAACAAAAUAAAAAACGUUCUGCUCUUCCCUGAGUACUAGAAAAAGUUACUCGCUAUGCAUAAUCUAGUUGAUAGUUACAAUUUGCUAUUGCUUUUUCUUGUCUUGUUAUAUCAAAUCUUUUCAAUACAAGUUUAGUCUUAAUGGUAAUAAAACGUUGUUAUGGUUAUAUAUAUAA